UGUUCGCUCCUGCAGCAGCCGCCGUGAGACCGCUGACCGCCGACAAACUCCUCUUCUGACGCGACAAAUCUCUACAUCAGCCGCGCUUAGAGGCGCCGCGAACAACCAGCACAAGCUUCCACCUCUCUGCCUGUCUGAGCUGGUGAAGAUGGUGAAGCCAGACAUCCGCACUCUGGCCCACCACCUGAAGCAGGAGCGGCUGUAUGUGGCAUCAGAGAAGCAGCUGAUCCAGAGGCUCAACAGUGAUGUGCUGAAGACGGCUGAGAGGCUGUACAGGGCUGCCUGGAUCGCCAAGCAGCAACGGAUCAACCUCGACCGUCUCAUUCUAACUAGCGUGGAGGCCUCUCCGGCUGAAUGCUGCCAACAUGCCAAAAUGCUGGAAGACACGCAGUUCAUCGACGGCUACAAGACUCUGGGUUUCCAGGAGACAAUCUAUGGCGAGUUUGUGGCCAGGUUGAGGGAGAACCCCAGACUGGUGGCGUCCUGCCUGGUGGCGGGCGAGAGGCUGAACCAGGAGCACACCCAGGGCGUCAUCCAUACUGUCUUCACCUCACUGUAUGGCAACUGUAUCAUGCAGGAGGAUGAGAGCUACCUGCUUCAGGUGUUGCGAUAUCUGGUAGAGUUUGAACUGAAGGAGAGUGACAACCCUCGCCGCCUGCUCCGACGGGGAACCUGCGCCUUCAGCAUCCUUUUCAAGCUCUUCUCCGAGGGCCUGUAUUCAGCAAAGCUCUUCCUCACCGCAACACUUCACGAACCAAUUAUGCAGCUCCUGGUAGAAGAUGAGGACCACCUGGAGACCGACCCCGCCAAGGUGACGGAGCGCCUGACCCCGGCCCAGCAGGAGCGCUUUGGAGAGAAAGGCUCCGAGGGCUACAAGCAGAGGGUGCAGGCAGCCGUGGAGGCCAACGAAGCCAAGCUGGUCGCGCUGGUCAACAAGUUCAUUGGUUACUUGAAGCAGAACACCUACUGCUUUCCUCACAGCCUGCGCUGGAUCGUGUCUCAGAUGUACAAGACUCUGUCGUGUGUGGAGCGCCUGGAGGUGGGCGAGGUGCGCACCAUGUGCACUGAUCUCCUGCUCACCUGCUUCAUUUGCCCAGCAAUAGUCAACCCAGAGCAGUACGGUAUCAUCUCAGACGCGCCAAUCAAUGAAGUUGCCCGCUUCAAUUUAAUGCAGGUAGGACAGCUUUUGCAGCAGUUGGCUAUGACUGAUGACGAUGCCGACCCGAGACGGAAAAGCAGCUUGUCAAAGUUUGAUAAGAAUUGUGUCGCCGCCUUUCUGGAUGUGGUGAUCGGAGGGCGGGCAGUUGAAACGCCACCUAUGUCAUCAAUGAACCUUCUAGAAGGCCUCAGCAGGACUGCAGUCUAUAUCACACAUAACCAGCUUCUAGCACUGGUGGACUUUGUUCGGAAUGUGAUGGCAGGAGAUCACCUUCGAGAGGAGGAGCACAUGGCCCUGGAGACCCUGCUCGCCAAUGUACCCCAAUCCCGGACUGUGAAGAGUAACAGCCUGGAGCUGACUCCCUCCAACACCCCGCAGCUCUCGCCAGCUACUACUCCUGCCAACAAGAAGAACAGACUACCCAUAGGACAACACUUAGCCGCUAUAACAUCCUGGGACCCCACAAGCACCACUCUGUCUGCACACAUUCCAUUAGUAACCCCGUUUGCUGCUCGUAGCCGCAGUCGUACCAACAUUGCCCAGGAGGGGGAGGCAGAGGCCUGCUCCCAGGAGUCCGUUCAGGAGCUGAUGCCAGAGGAGGUGCUGGUGAUUUCACUAGCAACCGGGCCGCAGACCGUCCCCGGGAUGAUGUCAGAGAAUGAGGUGUUGAACCUGCAGAUGGCAGAUGGGGCCCAGGGGGAUGGGCAUGCUGAUGAUACCAAGCUGCAUGGCAAACCAGACAAAACCUUGCGCUUCUCUCUCUGCAGUGACAACUUGGAAGGCAUUUCAGAGGGUCCGUCUAAUCGCUCCAACUCUGUGUCGUCUCUGGACCUGGAGGGAGAGUCUGUUUCUGAGCUGGGAGCUGGACCGUCAGGGAGCAACGGGGUCGAGGCUCUUCAGCUUUUGGAGCAUGAACAGGCGACCACACAGGACAACCUGGAUGACAAACUGCGCAAGUUUGAGAUCAGAGACAUGAUGGGACUGACUGACGAUCGGGACAUCUCUGAGACAGUCAGUGAAACCUGGAGCACUGAUGUGCUCGGCAGCGAUUUCGACCCCAAUAUGGAUGAAGAUCGGCUGCAGGAAAUAGCAGGGGCAGCUGCAGAGAACAUGCUUGGCAGCCUGCUGUGUCUUCCUGGCUCCGGUUCAGUUCUGCUGGACCCCUACGGCUCCACCAUCUCUGAGACCACAAGCGAGGCCUGGAGUGUGGAGGUCCUGCCCAGCGACUCAGAAGCCCCAGACUUGAAGCAGGAAGAGCGUCUGCAGGAGCUGGAAAGCUGCUCUGGGGUCGGCAGCACCUCGGACGACACGGAGGUCAGAGAGGUCAGCUCGAGACCCAGCACACCGGGCCUCAGUGUUGUUUCAGGUAUCAGCGCAACCUCAGAAGAUAUCCCCAACAAGAUCGAGGACCUGCGGUCAGAGUGUAGCUCGGACUUUGGAGGGAAGGACUCGGUGACCAGUCCAGAUGGGGAGGAGUCGGGCCACGGAGCACACCAUCUGACAUCGCCGCCUUCACAGGCCGAUUCCUUACUUGCCAUGUUUGAUCCCCUCUCCUCUGCUGAAGGCUCCUCCACUGGAACAAUAGUGAGACCCAAAGUGCACUACGCCAGGCCCCCUCACCCUCCCCCCGACCCCCCUAUCCCUGAAGCCAGCGCCCUGGGGCCGGAGGCACGCCACUCUUUUUUCACGCCUCACUACUUGGCCCAGGCCGAGCUGGAGCACACCAAGCAGCGCCACUCCUUCCCCGAAAGGCUGGUCCGCAGCCAAAGCUCUGACAAAGUGUGCCCGGGCCGCCGGCCCACAAGCGACCCCGGCCUCAACCGGCGGGUCGCAGUGGAAGACCGCGACCCUGCCAGCGCCUUUGCCUUAGGACCAUCCUCCUCCCCCAGCAAGGACUCCCUGAAAGGAGAGGUUGAGGAUCGGAAAGACAGUGACGACGAGAAGUCCGAUCGCAACAGACCGUGGUGGAAGAAGCGCUUCGUGUCAGCCAUUCCCAAAGUGCUGUAUUGGACGGCUGAGAGUGAUGUCCCAGCUCCAAUUGCUGCUUUUAGGAAAAGGGACAAACAGGAGAAAGACGACGUCACGCAGGAACGCGUCCCGCAAGAUGACCCGAUGCCCAGACAGAGCUCUCAAGUCCAGGCAGCCGAAGACAUCUUAGACAAAUACAGGAAUAUCAAGAGGACCAGCCCGAGUGAUGGAGCCGCAGCUGGAGCCUCCUGUGAUGGUGCAGCAGAUUUUUGUGUUGAGGACAAUGUGCACGACUCGCCUCGAGAAGACACUCUGCAGAACAUUUCCACCGAUGACCUCCCAGACUCGGCCAGCCAGACGGCGCAGCAGCACGACUCCAAGUUCUCUUUCAGUGAUGCAAAGAAGAAGUUGAGGCUGGCCUUGUGCUCCGCGGACUCUGUGGCUCUGCCCAUCAUGGCUCCGGCCACCACUCGGAACGGGCUGCCAGAUCACAUGGAUCCUGAAGACAACGAGAUCGUCUGCUUCCUGAAGGUCCAGCUAGCGGAGGCCAUCAACCUCCAGGAUAAGAACCAGAUGGCUCAGAUCCAGGAGACCACGCGCUGCGUCAGCCGCUUCGACGCCCGCACCUGCAGGAAGCUGCUGGCUGCCAUUGCCGAGGAUUACAGGAAGCGGGCUCCGUACAUCGCUUAUCUGACGAGGUGUCGUCAAGGCCUCCAGACCUCGCAGGCACACUUGGAGCGGCUCCUCCAGAGGGUGCUGAGGGACAAGGAGGUGGCCAACCGCUACUUCACCACCGUGUGCGUCCGGCUCCUUCUCGAGCAUAUGGAGUCCAAGAUGCUCGACUUCAUUAAAGCAUUCCAGGGGUGCACAGCGGCCGAUGACAAAACAGCGGCAGUGGAAGAUUUUCUGCGCUACCUGUACGGCGCCAUGGCCAGCGACGCCAUUUGGCAGUUUGCGAGCGAGGACCAGCUGCAGGACGCCCAAAUGGCCAUCGAGCGCAGCGUUAUGAACCGCAUCUUCAAGCUGGCCUUCUACCCUAAUCAGGACGGAGAUAUUCUCAGAGACCAGCUUUUCCACGAACACAUCCAGCGACUCUCCAAAGUUGUGACAGCAAAUCACAAAGCUCUUCAAGUCCCCGAGGUUUACCUGAAGGAGGCUCCCUGGCCCUCCGCGCAGUCCGAGAUCAGGACCAUCAACGCCUACAAGACGCCCAGAGACAAGGUCCAGUGUAUCCUGCGCAUGUGCUCCACCAUCAUGAACCUCCUCAGCCUGGCCAAUGAGGACUCCGUCCCCGGAGCAGAUGACUUCGUCCCUGUGCUUGUCUUUGUUCUCAUUAGGGCAAACCCGCCCUGCCUGCUGUCCACCGUUCAGUACAUCAAUAAUUUCUACGCCAGCCGGCUGAGUGGGGAGGAGUGCUAUUGGUGGAUGCAGUUCACCGCGGCGGUGGAAUUCAUUAAGACCAUCGACGAUCGCAAGUGAAGCAGAACAGCCACCUGUAUGGGCAGACUGCGGGGGAAGGAGCCGGGAGACUGGGAGACUUCCCAACCAACUGCUCCCUCUGCACAGCCCAUAAAACCUGGCCCUCCGCCGCCUCUCUAUUUGUAUAGCUUGUACAUAGCCAGAGACGUUGAAAGAUUACAAAAAUAUAUAUUACUGUACGUAUGUGGACAAAUCCAGGUUUUAGCCGUGCUGAGAAACGGCCUUUGGGAGAAAUUGGCAACGUGUAAACUUCGAACAUGAUUUGGAUUUUUUUUGUUUGUUUUUUUUGUUUUUUUUCCUUCAAUCGUUUUGUCUCCUCUGUCAGGUUUCCUUUUGGGGUCUGUUAGAAAUUUUAUAUACACAAUUACAAAUAUGACAUGAAAUCAACUUAAAAGAUAAUCCUAUUUAAAGGGACCAGACUUCCUUGAUGUGAUCGCUGAUCUUUUUUUCUUUUUUCUUUUCUUUUUUUUUGUUCCCCCCCUGGGUGAGAGAGAAGGGCUUCCAAUUAAAUUACAAUACAAUGUUCAUUAGAUGCGUUGUGACGCGGGGAUUUACAGUGAGUGAUCGUUACUGGUGGGAUUUACAGACUCAUAAACACUGAGAUCAAUUCACAAUUAACCGUACUACUUAUAAGAAUCGUCUUUCAAACUGUAGGGCAGCUUCUUCCAUCAACUGUUUACUUUCUUAUAUUCCCAGAACACGCAGCAUUUUGGACUAAAGGGCCCCACGUAUUUAUAUGAAACAAAAACGUAUUUAUUUCCAUCGUUCUAUUUAAUGCUUUGUUUAUCUGGUUUUUAAAAGCAAUGAAAGUACAUAUCAUGCCCAUUCGAGAUGUCUGAGGCAGGUGAUGUUUCUCAUAGUAAACUUGCAGAAUCGAGUCCAGACGGCACCUUGGCAUUGAUCAGCCCUUCGGAGGGGGGGUGUGCUGGGCGAUUUAAGGCUUACAGGGUCAACUCGUGCACAGAGUAGUUGCGGCAUUUGUGGAAAUAUUGAAAAUAGUGCCUUUGAUGUGAGGCGCUCUGUACAGGUAGUUUGAUUUCUUUUCUUUUUCUGUUUUUUUUUUUUUCUUUUUAACCCAACAAAAUGUAGGCAUUACUCCUCCAACACACACUUCACUGGAAACCUGAGUCCGGCUCUGGCUGCAGGAACAUAGAAAAUGGCCACAUCUCUGAUCGUCCCUUUAAAUGCACUCAAGGUUGAACAGAAUCCCCCCUCUGGUGUUUCUCGAUCCUACCUCAGAGUUGAAACCAAUGAUCCUGAUGUCGUGCGCGGUCGCUGUCCUGCAUUGGUUGACAAACGGAGAAGCGGAUCACUUUUUUUUUUUUUUUUUUUUGCACUGGUUUAAAACAGUUAAAGCUGCGAGGGGAACGAGGAGAGCGGGGAGUUGGGAGCUGCUGCGUUGCUUGCUGUGGUCACAUCACCCUUCAUUAACACAAGGCGAGCAGACCGGUUUUUACUUUCUUCUGCCUGAGACGCCACGCGCGUGUGCUCGGGUUGACUAGUGAACUAUUGGAUAUCAGUUCUCUACCUCCUCAUAAGUUCAAGAAAAGGGACUCACGUUUAUGUGCACUUAUGUUCUUCUUUUUUUCUGUUUUAUUUCCACCCAAUUUGGCGUGCUGUGAUCUCCCAGUGUCACUGUAUCUUUCCAGUUAUAGUACAAGCAUGUCUUUAAUUAACCAGAAACGACUAAAACUCCUUUUCUCUUCAAGUCCUCUGCUUGGUUUUUGUGCGCGGACGUGCCACUUGUAUUAUAGUUUUUGGGAUAAUUCUUUACUUUUCUGGGUAAAUGACCUGACAGCACAAUACACGGUAGGAUAGAAGAGCAAAUAAUCAACACUAUUGACUUGUUACUGACUCGCAGUUGAUGCUAAAGUGGUUGAUGUAGUAUGUGAGUGGUUUUUUUUUUUCUCUUUUGUCCAGUGUGUGUGUUUGUGUGUGUGAGAGAGAGAGAGAUGCUGGUGUGACUGGUUGACCCUCUGCCUCCUCUUGCAUGAAGUCAUUGAACGGUCUGUACAUUCUCCUUCAUGAUAAGUGUAGAAUAGAAUUAGUGUCCGCCACAGGCCAGAAAAUAGAACCUGCAAGAGGAUGCAAAGCUUUUGUGUCCGUGAUACUCGCAUAUCAGAACUCCAUUUAUUUUGCACAAAAUCAACAACAACAAAAACAAACAAACAAGAUGUGUUCUCCUGGAAGAUUUGGCAGGGAGCAGUGCAUUUUUUUUUUUUUUUUUUGAGACCUCUUUUCUGUUCGGCCUUUAUAAGUCAUUCAUCGCAACCAUAUUGUGGUUAAAGUAAUGUUUGAGUAGCGAAAUGAAGCACCUGACUGUUACUCUCUGAAGCUGAUGAACAGUCACAUUCACGGGCAGCAUCGCGGAUGCAUUUUUU